AUGUCGAACCAGCAGACGCCGCCGCCCCAUAUCGACCGAUACGUGGUCAUCCACGUUGCCACGACCUGCGACGAGCACGGUGUCUACGUGACAAAAGACUCUGCCGAGGUCAUCGAGCUUGGAUGGAUCCUGUUGGAUGCGAAGACACUAGAUGAGGUUACCCGUGAAAGCGUCUUGGUCAAGCCGAUCAAUACUCCGAUUACUCCUCUCUGCACUUCGGCCGCUCCUUUCAGAGCUCUGCAGCCUGCUGCUGUUUGCGCGUCUUUCCCAGCCAUAAUUGUUUGCCCAAGCCGUUUAUGUGGAGCUCACGACGCUGAUUCGACCCGUGUACUUGCAGCGAGUCUCACGACCCUGACAUGGGAGCAUGUGCGAAAUGCGGGAACCUUCCGCGACGCAAUCAACCGCUUCGACGCCUUUGCAUCCGAACACUUGACUUCGCAAAAUCUCGAUUUUGUCUUUGUCACCCUGGACGCCUGGGAUCUGCGAGUCCAGCUGCCGCGUGAAGCUCGCGACAAGGCCGUGGUUUUGCCGCCCUACCUUCAGCACUCGCGCACUUUCGAUCUGCGCACCGAGUACCAGCGCUGGCAACAACACCACCCCGAGUCGCUGCCCUUUGGCCCGAGCAUGCUAUCUAACAUCUGUGCUGCCCUUGAGGUCGAACCCGUGCAGUCGAGCGCCCCCAUUAAGCAUAACUUGCCUUUCCAUCUCCAAGCGUUGGCCCCCGCCUCGCCUCGCCGCGCCAUGGAAGAAGCUGUGACGCUCGCUCGAGUUCUUAGGGGUCUCAUCCGCAAGUCACAGCCGCCUCAGGAGCAUCCCGACGUCCUUACGCGACCCAUGGAUGCCCGAGCCGAUGUGAGAGCGUUCCUCUCGGAGCGAAGCAAGGUUUUGCACAUGUCUGGCCUCCCUCACGACACAACUCAGUCCGAACUUGAGAGCUGGUUCACCCAGUUUGGCGGCCGCCCUAUUGCCUUCUGGACUCUUCGCACCCCCGAGCAACACAAGCCGACUGGCACAGGAUUCGCCGUCUUUUCAUCCCAUGAAGAGGCUGCCGAGAGUCUUUGCAUGAAUGGACGUGCGCUCAACGAGAAGGCCAUUGAGGUGUCGCCUUCUUCGAGCCGUGUGCUGGACCGUGCUGCCGAGAUCUUGACACCGUUCCCCCCGAGCAAGAACCGCCCCCGUCCUGGCGACUGGACCUGCCCUUCGUGUGGCUUCUCCAACUUCCAGCGACGAACCGCCUGCUUCCGCUGCUCCUUCCCGGCCGUUGGUGCGAAUCCCCAAGGCGGCGACAUGGGUGGUGCUGGUCCAGGCUAUGGCUACGGUUACGGACCGCCCCAGAUGAUGCCUCCUGCUCAUCACGGUGGACACCACGGCAACAUGGGAGGACAUGGUGGAGGUCGCAUGGGUGGCAGCGGUGUUGUUCCCUUCCGAGCCGGUGAUUGGAAAUGCGGCAAUGAGGCUUGCGGCUACCAUAACUUCGCCAAGAACGUCUGCUGUCUGCGCUGUGGCGCGAGCCGAGCUGGCGCUGCAGUCGUCGCUGACUCGGGCUAUCCGUCUCCUAUGAACAGUGGAUCCAACUACGACAUGGGUGCUGGUUCCAUGGCCGGCACUCCUGGACCUGGUCCCUUUGCCUCGGCUGCUGGUCCGUUCGGUGGAGGUGCUGGUGGCUACGGCGGACACUUCGGUGGCCCUCCUAGUACUUAUGCCCUGCCUUCGGGUAUCGGCGGCGGUGCUGCUCCUUAUCCCUCAUUGAACACUCACUUCGGUCCUGCCGCUGGUUCCCACUCUGCUGGUCCCUUCGAUAGCCGCGCUGCCGAGGCUGCUUUCCAGUCUGCUGGCAAUGGCCCUGCUUCAGCUGGUCCCUCCAACAACUUCUACUCGUCUCAAUCCGAUAGCGAUCCGUUUGCAUUUCUCUCGUCCGGCAUGGGCGGACUCACCGUUAGUGGUGGAGAUGCCCGUCAGAAUGGCGCCGGGGCUCCUAGCAAGUCGCCAGCCUAA